UCGUGCAUGCGUAAGGCUUUUGACGAAGACAAUAAUAUUCAGGCCUUACCGUUUUGAAUGGGAAAAUAAUGGAAAGACAUUUCAGACCCAUCUCUUCACGGGCCAUCGGAAACUUUUCGAGUAUAAAUCUAGCAAUUUUACAACUCUAAGUUCAUAAAACCAGAGAAAGGAAUUGAAUCUGUACUCUUUGGCCAUGGCUGCCAUUUUAUUACUUUUUCUUCUGUCUACCUCCUUCAUUUCAACCGCAAUAGCUCAACCAAGGCAUUCCAAUAUAAGUCUAGGCUCGUCUCUAACACCCAGAGGCCAAUCUGCAUGGCUAUCCCCUUCUGGCCUAUAUGCCUUUGGAUUUUAUCAGCAAGGUAAGGGGUAUGCUGUUGGAAUUUUUAUUGCUGGAGUUCGCCAGAAGACUGUUGUUUGGACGGCCAACCGAGAUGAUCCUCCUGUUCCAAGCAGCGCUAAUUUGAUUCUUACAACUGAUGGAAGGCUCAUUCUGCGAUCAACACGAGAUAUAUCCAUUACUGAUUCUACUGAAAAAGUCGCCACAGCUUCGAUGCUUGAUUCUGGCAAUUUUGUUCUAUACAAUUCAGACCAAGAAAAAAUCUGGGAGAGCUUUAUACACCCUACCACUACCAUUCUUCCAGGACAAAAACUCUUAGCCGGGACAGCGCUAUACUCUAGCGUCUCAGACACUGAUCAGUCGACAGGAUUGUUUCAACUUAUCAUGCAGACCGAUGGGAACCUUCUGCAAUACCCGGUGGCUACUUAUACAGCCGCACCAUGGUAUGCGUAUUGGGCAUCUGGUACAUUUGGUGCAGGAGAUAAUGUGAGCUUGAAUCUCGACAAUGAUGGCCAUACGUACUUACUCAAUUCCUCAGGAGUCAACAUAAAGGAUGUAUUUAUAGGAGGAUAUGAUACCAAUGAAACAAUCUAUCUGAUGAAAAUUGAUCCGGAUGGCAUCUUCCGAAUCUAUUCUUAUAAAUUAAAUCAGGAUGGCAACGGAUCAGUGAUAUAUGUAUCUUCUUCAGACAGGUGUGCGCCUAAGGGUCUAUGCGGCCUUAAUGCCUAUUGCGUUAUCACUGAUCAAGGAGCUGAGUGCAAAUGCAUACCGGGAUUCACUCCGGUAAAAAAGGGCAAUUCUAGUGCUGGCUGCGAAAGGGAUUUCGCCAUGCAAAGCUGCAAUAGGAAUGAUCAGAGAAACCAGUACACCAUUCAGGCGGUUGAUAAUACGGAAUGGGAAGACAAUGGAUAUUCUGAUUUGUCUUUAUUAACCGAAGAAGAUUGUAAAUCUGCAUGUCUGGAAGAUUGUGUGUGUGAAGCUGCCAUGUUUAAAGAAAGAAACUGCAGGAAGCAAAGGCUGCCUCUGAGAUUUGGGAGAUGGAAAGUUUCUGAAGAAAACGUUGCUUUGAUUAAAAUAGGUCUAUCUGCGUCCACUGAAUCAACAAAACAUGAUCAAGGCAAACAAAAACCUGGUAUGGUAAUUUUAAUAAUUGGUCUUUCAUUGAUUGGCUUAGCGGUUUUGUUGGUAUUUUUUGGGGCUUUGAUUUUUAGAAAUCAUGUCUUCACAUACAAAAUGGUUUCUACGAUUACCAACAUAAACUUGUGUGAGAAUGUUGCUCCGAUAUCAUUUAGUUUUGCACAAAUUGAGCAGAUGACUAAUAGUUUCAAGGAUGAAAUUGGAAAAGGAGCAUUCGGGACAGUUUACAAAGGAACAAUUUCGGAUAGCCUGAUGGCUGUUGCGGUGAAGAAAUUGGACAACGUAUCAUCUCAAGGGGAGCGAGAGUUUCAAACAGAGAUGAAAAUUAUUGGUAGAACUCAUCAUCGAAAUUUAGUUCGACUAAUCGGCUAUUGCCACGAAGGGGCUAAUAGGUUGUUGGUAUACGAGUACAUGGUCAAUGGAUCACUUGCAGAUGUACUCUUCACACCUGAAAAAAGACCUAGUUGGAAUGAAAGGGUGCAAAUUGCUCGCAACAUAGCAAGAGGUCUCCUCUAUCUUCACGAAGAGUGUGAGACUCAAAUAAUCCAUUGCGACAUCAAAUCUCAAAAUAUACUAAUGGAUGAACAGGGUCAAGCAAAAAUAUGUGAUUUUGGAUUGGCCAAGCUUCUAAAGCCAGACCAAACCAAAACCUUCACUGGGAUCAGAGGAACAAGGGGGUAUGUUGCACCGGAGUGGCACAGGAAACUGCCGGUGACAGUCAAAGCAGAUGUUUACAGCUUUGGAAUUGUACUGUUGGAGAUCAUAUGUUGUCGACGGAGUGUAAAUUGGAGUCUUCUUGAGGAUGAAGCUGUCCUCGAAGAAUGGGUCUACCAUUGUUUCCAAGCUGGUGAACUACGGAAACUAGUAGAGGAUGAUGAAGAGGUUGACAAGAAACAAUUGGAAAGGAUGGUGAGAGUGGGACUAUGGUGUAUCCUGGAUGAGCCUACACUCCGCCCUUCCAUGAAAAAGGUUCUGUUGAUGUUGGAAGGGACAGUUGAGAUCCCAGUACCUCCAAGCCCAACUUCAUUUUUCUGUGCUGUUUGAUUGGUCGAUGCUGUUUAAGAUUUGGAGAAGGGAACUUUGCAAUUGCUUCCCUUCCGAUGCGUAAUUUUGCUGCUGUUGUUGUUGUUUUUUUUUUUUUUUUUUAAACGAAGUAAUUAUUAGGUCAAGCAAUAAAAAGUGAAAAAAAAGUGUGUGAAUCUAUUGAGAGUUUGUGAGAUGAUU